AUGACAGAUACUACGUCAGAAAUAUCUUCGGAGAACACAGAAAUCAAGAAGCCAGCCAAAGACAUACCUGUGGUGCACGACCAAGGUUUCUUCCAGCAUGAAACAGGUGAUACUUAUGAUGGUUACUUCGAAGCGAAGAAGAAAGAUAGAGUUGCUAAAAUGCAUGGUCCGGGCACAUAUAUUACCGCCGAAGGAGAUACGUAUACUGGUGUUUGGGAAGCCGAUCGUUUAGGAGCCAACGAGGAAGUGACUAUUCUGUAUAAGGAUGGGGCCGUGUUCGAAGGAGCCUUCCGAGAUUGGAGCUACAACGGUCGCGGCAGGUAUUAUUAUCCGGACGGGAGUAUUUUGAAAUGUGAAUUCUCAGAAAGCGCUCCUGUCGGCUCUCUUAACCUAACAGAUCCUAAUGGACAUAUAUGGUUAGGGAAGGCUGAUCAAGGAUUUGGUUGGUUAAAGCCAGUGAAUCAUUUCUAUGAUAUGUUAGAAAAGACUCGGGACACUGGGAAGGUGAAGAAAUCAAAUAAAAAAAGUAGGAAUGAAUAA